AUGCAUCGACUCCGUGAGUUGAUGCGACAAGCUGUGUGGACGGUUGCAAACGUCCAGCUCUCAAGCUUGCGUGCUGUCGUGCAGCCGGACUGCACGAAGCAGGGCGCGAUAGAGCCGGGCUUGAUGACGCGUGCCCGCGGGUACAAUAACCCUAUCAAGGACCAUUCGUCUAUGGUCGGGCCUGGACGAAACGCAAGUGAAUUCGGGAUUCACAAGAAGAAGCGACGGCGCAAGCACAAGACGCUGCGCAAGUCUCGGUCCGGGAUCGAGACUCUUCAUGACACAAGUGCCAACAGUGGCCGUCGAGACGUUGCACGUCUUGACGUGGGCCUGUACUGGUAUCAGUACGAGAAGAUGGAGUUGGAGGACCCUCCGACUGACACGCCGGAGUUGAUCUCGCUUCCAGUCAUGAGCUGGAAGCGCUUCGCAAAGGACCUAAUGACAAGCGAAGCAGAAGAGUUGAGGCAACUUUUCACUGGAAGCGCCACUGAGAGUGAAGAUACUCUCAGUGCCUAUUCGAAGAAGGAGCGCUUCGAGGAGCAGAGUUGGGACUCACUGAAGUCGAGUCCCUAUUACGAGAUUCUGCGAGAGCACAGGGACGUGCUCCCGGACGAGAUCCCUACGGAGCUUCCGCAGGAAAAUGGAAUACAGCACGAGAUUGAUCUCGUGCCGGGGACGAAGUAUUGCGUGACGCGGCAGUGA